AUUGUUCACUCAAGCGAAUAAUAUUUCGUAUAAAAGUGUAUGUUGUUUCUAUGAAGCAAAUUUUAAUCGAGCGAGUAGAAAUGCCGAAUCCAAGGAAACCUUUUUCUCUCUAUGUAGGGAGCGACGGCACCGGAUUAACGUUGCGGACGUUACUUCGACAAAAGCCGUUAAAUCACGAGCGAGAUAGGAAAAGGAAACAGCGAAGGGAGCAGCGAGUUUCGUCGUCGCGCAAAACCACCAACGGUACUGCUGCGUGUUCGUUUCGCACUCAUGCAUUCCCGGUUAUUCCCGUCGAAUAAAGGGAGACACUUAUGCAGAGCCCAUAAUGCAGUUUGCACGGGGUGCCUCCCAGACGAAAUAGAAAAUUACAGUGGCGUCAGAAUGACAAGGGAAAUUCACUGUUCAAUGAUGAUGAUUCGAUUUUCCUGCUGUUGCAACGUCAUCGUGACUUUCUAUUUGGACUAGCAAUAGUGCAACCUUGCUGACCUGGAAGCUCAGUUUUUUCGCGCGACGUGAACAUGCAAAUCGCUCCCCGAGGUUCCCCGAGUGAUCAUCUCAUCCGGAUGAUCUCGCGUGUGAGUCGACGCGCCGAAAAUAUGGGAAAUUUUUCGAAAAAUCGACCGUACGCUCGACACGCUCGCGAUGCAUAUGCAAUGACGCUCGAGAAUGCUCGAGAAUGCUCGCAGUUACAAUGUACAAUUCAGUUUAUAUGCAAAUUCGGCGCCUAACAGGAAAUGAUGAGGGGAACGUAGCUUAUUUUCGAUGGUAAUGAGGUUCUCAUCGGGCUCGGGUGAGACGAAGCAUUUUUAAUGUCGCCGUUGUUAAACUAGUUACUCUCCGACCUUCCAGAAGAGCGUUUCAGGUGAGCUGCAGUUGUAGUGUAUCUAUUUUCCGCCGCCGGUUCCUCGAAUCCUUGUCUCUCCUCGCGGGGAAAAAAUUCGGCCCGAUCGAACGGCGUUAAACGUAUUCGCCGAAAAAGAUUUUUUGCUGACGCAGCGAACUGUUUGUUACCACAAUGACAGCGAAACGAUUCGUUAGGACAGCGAAAAGAUUUGUUAACGGUAUCAAUCGUUGAUCGCGCCAACUGAAUUUCAUCGCCGUCGCAACGACGUUUUGCCGCAACAGCGGAAUCAUUUCCUCCUCUUCGACGAAUCUCUUUGCUUCCUCACCAUAGCAACGAACAAUUUGUCGCGCCAGCAAGACAUUUUCCUCCCCGCUUGAGUUUUCGAUCACUCGACUACGUUUCCGAGCGACCGAGUCGGCUAAACCGCCGCGUCUGCGCUUCCCCGCUAAUCCACGCGAUGAUGACUCGAUGAUAUCGCGACGUGGACGGCUAGUUGAGCUCGAAGUUUGAGACUUCUCUGAUUUCGCAUCGCUAAGUAACUCACUGGAUAGCCCACUUAAUCUUCCCCCGCAAUGCCGUGCGUUUCGGCGCUUUAACGUCUUCCUUCUUCCCGCUGUCGCUGUAACAUCAGAGUCGAAGGCGCUUCGAAAUACGCCGGCAAAUUGGCAAAAGUGUGUGCGACACUCGCGUAAAAUCCCUCGAUCCUUCGUCCGCUCGAGCCUCCUCCCGAGAUUAACACCUGCGGCUUCUUUGCGACGGUAGGGCGGCCAGUCGUGAUCGGCUAUCUGACGACGCUAUCGGCAUGACGGAAAGCAAGGAACAGAAUGACGGCGGCAGCGGCAACACCAACAGCGGGAAAGCGGAUACGCCCUCGAGAAACUGGAUAACCAUUCUCUUUUACAUCUAUCUUCACAUCUUCGGCCUCGUCGGGCUGUACGUUUUAUUAGCCAAGAUAAAGUGGAUCACACUGUGGUAUUUUUUAGCGCUUGUUAUAUUUUCCUACACCGGACUCACGGCGGGCGCUCACAGGCUGUACGCGCAUCAGACGUUCACCGCCGCGAGUCAGUUGAGAUUCUUCCUCGUGCUGGCGCACACUAUGGCAGGCGUGGGCCCUGUGUACGACUGGGUACUGUGGCACAGAUUGCAUCACAAGUAUCACAAUACCGACGAGGACCCGUUCGAUCAUCGGAAAGGUUUCCUUUACUCCCACGUGUUCAGCAAUUUCCAAUCGACGUCGUCUAACGUGCAACUGAAGAAUAUCGACAUGCGUGAUGUGGGUUCCGAUCGGAUUGUCUGGGUGCAACAAAAAUUCUACUGGAUACUCUUCAUCGUGCUUACAUUUUUACUGCCUAUUUACGUGUCUGUGGAGUAUUGCGGUGAGUCCUUCGUGAACUCGGUAUUGGUAAUCGGCGCAACACGAGUGAUGAUAACGACGCACAUAGCAUGGCUGGUGAACAGCGCCUUACUCAUCUGGGGUUUGAAGAAAGGAGACAGAUUCCCCGUCAGCGAUAAUAAUUCCGUUUUCUUCGUGACGCAAUCGUACUGGCCGAAUUAUCACUAUGUUAUCCCCUGGGACUGGAGGAACGACGAAUUUGGCCCGUACGAGAGAGGCUUCUCCACUUUUAUGAUCAAGAUGUGGUACGAAAUGGGGUUGAUCGAGAAAAUGAUGACCACCACCACCAAGGACAUACGAGAGAUUCUCGAGAAGAUCGCCGUAUCGAAGGUCCCGAUAAAGGAAGCUUUCGAACAAUUGAAGAAGAAGUCCGAGGAGGACGCUUGCAGGCAAAAACUCGUGUACUAUCCUUAAAUGAGCGAAGUCACGGGAGAUCAAUUUGAAACACUUAAGGCUUCCGGAUACUCACUUUGGCUGUCCUUCUUUAAUGAAGCGAGCAUUAUAUAUAUGCACGAUACGUCAGAUAAAUUGGCAUGAUUUUCCUCGUUUCUGACGUCAUCGAAGAAGAACAGCCAAGAUGAGUAUAUCCAGGAGCCCUAAGCCUAUCACUCUGUAAAUUGCGUAUUAGAAUCUAAAGAAUAAAAAAUCCCGGAACACAGAACAUCACAUGUGCACGUAUGCGCGUGUGCACAUGUAUGCGUAUUUAUUUAAUUAUUUAACGAUAAAUCAACGCACGGCCACCGUUACUGGCGUCUCCCGUUAGAUGAUACUAAUUCUCGCUCCAUUUAUGCGAAUUGACAAUGAGAGCGCAUCAUGCGAUAUUGUAUCGGACGGCGAUAAAGAUUAAUCACCGUGCUGGUAUGCCGAUAUGUACGCGGAAAGAAAUAAGCCGGAAAAAGCGAAAAAAUAUCGUUGAUUCAAUGAAAACGUCCAUUUCACGGAGCGUCACAGAUAUCUGCAGUUGAUUCAAUUAUAUUUGUUUCAAUAUAAUCUACGUUGAAAGAACAAUAUAUCGUUUUCGACUAGA